AUGACGCGCCGUGAUUUGCCGAGAAUAGCGGAGGUACAGGAUAUAGAGGUCAUGGAUGACGAUGCCGAAGAUCUUCCAGUAUUUGUGUCCCCCAUUCCAAUACACCCGACCUCCACGCUGACCCGCGUUUCAACAAUAAGUGAAGGACUUGCCUCUCCUGGCGCUGAAGCCCUGUUUCCCUCGUGGAAGCGACAGCUGCGCCGCUCCAGGUCAAGCGAAGCAAAACAGCACGCUUCUUAUCUGCUUCAUCCUGUUUCCCAGAAGAGCAACCUUCUAGAACAAUUCGGGGGCAAUGACCUGGGCGGCCAGUGGAUGACCCCGAGAAUUGGCGCUGCUAGCAGAUUCAACCGCACAGAUGAAGCUGCAAGUGCAGCUGCAGUGGCCGCUGCAGUUGCCGCAAACACACCUCCGAAGAUAGGUGACGUAACGCAUGCAUUUCUGCACACGUUGGCUGGAGCAGCGGGGGCCGUCGUGGCGAUGGGAGUCGUUUACCCUUUGGACUCCCUUCGCACCAUCCAGUCAGUCCGAGGAGGGACUGUGUGGGAAGUUGCUAACCUCCACUUGCAUCAUGGCGGCUGGAGGCGCUUGUAUAGGGGGAUGAGAGCUGCACUCGCAGGAGUCAUCUUCAGCUGGGGCACAUACUUUUUCGUUUACACGUUAGCGAAACAAAAGGAGAAGAACCGAGGAACGAAGCCCAGAACUGGCACGAAUCUCCCCAUGGCGAUUGGUGCAGGAAUAUGCUCUACAGUCAUUAGCAAUCCAUUCUGGGUGGCCAACACUCGGCUGAAGGUUGACUUUUCCACUAGGGCUAAAGAGCAAGGUAUUUUCAAGAUGCUGGUUGAAAUUUUUCGAGAAGAAGGACUUCGCGGAUGGCUUGCUGGAAUUGUACCAGCGCUGGUUUUGGUUCUGAACCCAGCUAUUCAGUUUGCUCUCUAUGACCACUUGAGACUGAAAGUAUUGCAACUCAAACAGAUGGCGCAUGAACUCACCAGUGUCCUCGUCAAAUUCACUCAGUAG